GACAAGUUUUGAAUUUUCGCGAUAAUUUCAGGAACACCCCUGCACCACUGGCACUUUUAUAAUCUGUGCUGUCAAAUACCAUAUGUCAAACACGUUGAAAUUAUCCGGCAUAUGUAUUUAUUGCUUUGUUGCAAUAAAUAAAUAGGUUUUGGCAUAAGUUUAUGGUGUUAAAUAAUGGCGAAUAAUAAACCCGAUCAAGAUGAAUCCGAAGCAGGAGAUUCCUCUAUGAUUAAUUUUCCUGCGGAAGAAGAAAAAAUCCUAACCUACUGGAAGCAAAUUAAAGCGUUUGAAACAUGUUUAAAACAGUCCGAGAACAAACCAAAAUUUUCUUUCUAUGAUGGACCUCCGUUUGCAACAGGUUUGCCUCACUACGGACACAUAUUGGCGGGUACAAUUAAAGAUGUUGUGACUCGGUAUGCACAUCAACAAGGUUUUCAUGUGGAGAGGCGUUUCGGGUGGGAUUGUCAUGGUCUUCCAGUGGAAUUUGAGAUCGAUAAAGCUCUUAAUAUAAAGGGACCGGAUGAUGUAAUGAAAAUGGGAAUUGACAAAUACAAUGCAGAGUGUAGAAAGAUUGUUACUCGUUACUCAGAGGAGUGGAAAUAUAUUGUUGAGAGGUUGGGCAGAUGGAUUGAUUUUGAAAAGGACUACAAAACCAUGUACCCAUGGUUUAUGGAGUCGGUUUGGUGGGUUUUCCAGCAACUAUUCAACAAAGGUUUGGUCUACCAGGGAAAUAAAGUAAUGCCAUACUCGAACGCUUGCAGUACACCUUUAUCGAACUUUGAAUCCGGUCAAAACUAUAAAGAUGUAGUGGACCCAGCUGUGACAGUGUCUUUGCCUUUGAUUGGGGAUAAAGAUGGCGCUGCUUUAUUGGUAUGGACCACAACCCCAUGGACUUUACCCAGUAAUUUGGCAGCUUGUGUGAAUUCAAACUUGGAAUAUGUCAAAUUUAGGCAAAUAAGCACUGGCAAAGUUUAUAUAAUGCUUGAAAAUCGUAUUGAGACCACUUUCCAAGCUGGCGACUACGAAAUCCUGUUGAAAUUCCCAGGAAUCAGGCUGAAGGAUUUAAAAUACGAACCUGUAUUCCCGUAUUUCAAGGAAAUGCAAGCCAAAGGCGCCUUUAGGGUGUUGGUGGAUGAUUAUGUAACGUCAGAAGCAGGUACAGGGGUUGUACAUCAAGCAGCCUACUUUGGAGAAGACGAUUACAGGGUUUGUUUGGCAAAUGGGGUUAUAACCAAAGACCAAGACCCUAUUUGUCCCUUGGACGCAAGCGGGAAAUUCGUAGCCCCUGUUUCUGAUUUUCUGGGACAGUAUGUCAAGGAUGCUGACAAAAACAUCAUCGCGCAUUUGAAGGCAAAUGGCAGGCUCAUUCAUCAGUCACAAGUCAAACACAGUUACCCGUUUUGUUGGAGGUCGGACACGCCCCUAAUCUACCGCGCAGUACCGUCGUGGUUCAUACGCGUCGAACAUAUGCGCGAACAGCUGGCAAAAUCGACGUCCGAGACUUACUGGGUGCCGGACUUCGUGAAAGACAAGCGUUUCGGCAACUGGCUGAGCGAGGCGCGCGAUUGGGCGGUGAGCAGGAACCGCUACUGGGGCACGCCGAUCCCGAUAUGGACGUCCGGCGACGAGAUACGCUGCAUCGGCAGCAUAGCCGAGCUCGAAGAGCUGACAGGGGAGAAAAUCGAGGACCUGCACCGCGAGAGCAUCGAUCAUUUGGAGAUUCCGAGCCGGAUUCCGGGCAAUCCGCCCUUGAGGAGGAUCCCGGAAGUGUUCGAUUGCUGGUUCGAGUCGGGUUCCAUGCCGUACGCGCAGCAGCACUACCCGUUCGAACGGAUGAAGGAGUUCGACGAGCUGUUUCCCGCUCAUUUUAUCGCGGAGGGCAUCGAUCAGACUAGGGGGUGGUUUUACACCCUUAUUGUCGUUUCGACGGCUUUGUUCGGCAAGGCGCCGUUCAAAAACCUGAUUGCCAACGGUUUGGUGUUGGCCGGCGACGGUCAAAAGAUGUCGAAGCGCAAGAAGAACUACCCUGAUCCUCUGGAGGUGGUUCAUAAAUAUGGCGCGGACGCACUGAGGCUGUACCUCAUCAACUCGCCCGUUGUGAGGGCCGAAAAUCUCCGUUUCAAAGAGGAGGGUGUCAGAGAUAUAAUCAAGGACGUAUUUUUACCCUGGUAUAACUCUCUCAAAUUCUUGACGCAGAAUAUUCAGGUUUACGUUAAGAAAAACAAUCAAGAGUUCUACUAUAAGGAGUCAGACUUAAAAAGUACCAAUGUGAUGGAUUGUUGGAUUCUCUCCUUCACGCAAUCGCUACUGGAUUACGUACGCAAAGAAAUGGCGCUGUACCACUUAUACAACGUUGUACCCCAUUUAACGAAAUUCAUUGAUUACCUUACCAACUGGUACAUUCGUAUGAAUAGGAAACGCCUCGGCGGUAGUGGGGGUGUGGAAGAUUCCAAAGUCGCAUUAACAACUCUCUUCAACGUAUUAUUCAACAUCGUGAAAAUAAUGGCACCGUUCGUGCCCUUCCUGUCAGAGCACAUGUAUUUAAUUUUGAAAGACUUGACUCUGUCCGCCGAAAAAAGUGUUCACUUCCUAAUGCUGCCAACUCCAAACACAAAAUUAAUCGACUUGAACAUAGAGAGAGCCGUCUCCCGCAUGCAGAGCGUCAUAGAGUUGGGCAGAGUUCUCCGCGACAGAAAAACCAUACCCAUCAAAUACCCUCUACCGGAAGUAAUAGUCAUCCACCAGGAUCAGCAGUACAUCGACGAUAUUUUAUCUUUGAAAGACUACAUCAUCUCCGAGUUGAACGUUAAAAAAAUCAGCACUACCACCGAUAAGAGCAAGUUCGGAAUCAAACUGCGCGCAGAGCCGGAUUAUAAAAUCCUCGGGGCGAGGCUCAAGAAAGAGCUGAAGGCCGUCACUCAGGGUGUGCAAGGUUUAACUGAUGCGCAGAUAAACGAGUUCGUGAAAGCCGGCCAUAGGGAAAUCAGCGGACAGCGUAUCGAUAUAUCGGAAGUAAAACUCAUAUUCAAAGCUGAGAGUUUGAAUACGGACCAAUACGAAGUGAACAGCGACAAUGACGUUUUGAUUUUGUUGGAUGUCACGCCGGAUUCUUCAAUGCAAGACGAGGGCACGGCCAGGGAAAUCAUCAAUAGAAUUCAAAAGUUGCGCAAGAAGGCCCGCCUGGUGCCCACAGAUGAGAUCACUGUGUACUACAGAGCAUCAGGGGGUUUGGAUAGGGUCGCCAAAGAGUACAAUAGGUUCGUUGAGGAGUCGAUUAAGGCCCCGUUUAGACACGCGGAUCAAAAAGCCAAAUCCCAUCAUCUUAUCAUCGAAGAGGAGCAGAAAUUGAAGGACUGCACUUUGUACAUUUUGCUUUCUAAAGUUUGUGAUGUUGAAAUGCCUGCUGUAAGAUGGGCUAAUAUUGAAUUAGUUGAAGUUAAACCGAGAUACACAACGUCAACCAAGGGAUUAAUCUUGUUGGACAUCAAUGGAAAAUCCAUUACCAUUGAAAACUUAAGAAAAUCGAUAUUCACUCUAUUUGGUGUCGACAAGUUCGACUUAUUCACCGACAAAAAACAAAUACAAAGCAACAAAGACGUACUAUCAGUUAACUCUGAAACUAUUUUUGUCACUCCAUUAAACACAAAGCCAAAACUGCCUUCAAGUGCCAGUUUACCUUGCUGCAAAGUUCUUAAUUUCGAUUAUAAAGGCGGUAAAGGCACUAUUGUACUUGAAAACCCCAAAGGACAUGCUGUCUUAGGUCAGGAACAAUGCAAUACAUUAAUGUCGCAAUGGGGAAAAUGAUUUUUUCACGUUGAACGACUCAUUUAAAUUAUUUAUGUUUAAAUUAUAACUGUUUUUAGCUCAAUUGUUGAUAAUUUUUGGCUAUGUUCAGUGUUUUAAUAAAUGAAUUUAUAAAAAACUCACCUUGGUUUUUGUCACCACUUUU